AUGUUGUUGUCAGAUUUUGGGCAGUAUCUUAAAGAAGACUCCACCAUUGUCAUCCGAAGGUUCGGUGUCGCUGAGCAAAGAGAUAAGUAUCGUGUACUACCUCUGAAUCACAAGAUAAACUUAUUCAAGUGUUCCUCCAUCCAAACAGUCACUUCUUUCCAAGGCCAUCCCUAUGGCUUUGAUUUUGUUCCUUUUGAUGAAAUCAAUGACAAUAGGGCACGUGACAGAUUUACUAUUGAUGUAAUGGGAAGGAUUGCUUCGUGUGGUGACCUUGACAUCUUCAAGAAUAAGGAAAAGGAAAGCAAAAGGAUGAACUUUGAGUUGCAAGACUUGAGUGGCCAAAUUAUCAAGUGUACUCUAUGGGGAAAGUAUGCUGAACAAUUGAACAAGUUCAUUUGCAACAAUAAGUCAACCGAGAUGGUUAUUGCUAUCCUUCAACAUGCUAAAUUGAAGAGAUUUAACAGAGAGCUCAUUGUCCAGAAUGACAUGUAUGGAACUAGACUAUUCCUUAAUGAAGACAUCCAAGAAGCAAAUGACUUGAGGAGGGGCCUCAUACUGAGAGAUGGUGUUGGUGCUGCCUCCCAAACCAUCCUUAAGUCCCAGACUGUUUAUCCUUUCCAUAAAGAGUUUGUUGUAAACACUGUCAAGAAAAAUGUGGAUGAGAUUGGGGAAUGUCAUGAGGAGGCAAAUUAUGUUGUACUUGCUACAAUAAGAAUGAUUGAAGAGGAUUUUGGUUGGUUUUACGUUGCCUGUCGUCAACAUAGUAAGAAGGUAUUGACUAAGGAUGAAUUUCUGGAACAAGCUACUGAAAUCCCAAACCAUUUUCUUGAAGCUCCAAUAGACAGUCUUUGGUGUCUUGCUUGCAACGACAUUGCCACAUCUUUUGUCCCAAAGUACAAGCUUCAAUUUAGAGUCCAAGAUCACACCGGUUCUGUUUCUUUGGUGAUGUUCGACAAAGAUGUUGCUAAACUGAUUGGUUUGUCUGCAAAUGAUAUUCGAGAGAGACUAAUACGAUCAGGUGAGGUUGACACUUUCCCUCAUGAGCUCAAUGUCUUGCUAAACAAGCUCUAUGCUUUCAAGAUCUCUGUUGCAAAGUACAACUUUGAAAAGGAUUACUUGGUGUACACGGUGGCCAAAGUUUGUCGAGACCCUGAAAUAAUUGAGGAACUACAAAAAAAGGAUGAAGAUGAUGAGGGAAGCCGUGGUGAAGGUGCAAUGAUGAUUGCUAAGCUUGGAGAGUCCUCCCAGUCUAAGCUUGGAGUGUAA